GUGACCCCUCCAACGACGAGUCAUCCAGAAAUCAAUGUGGUGGGUGGGGUAAAUAACUAACAUCCAUCGCCAACUCAAACCUUUUUUGACUCACAAUAUUCUUUCAUCAACACCCGCCGCUUCCCACACCACACUUUGGAGAACGCAAUCGCAGCAAAUUACCCCCAGACACCCGUUUGGCGAUGGCUGUUGACUUUCCAAAGGAAGAGGAGGCCGUCCUCAAACGAUGGAAGGAAAUUGGGGCCUUUGAGAGACAGGUCGAACUGUCACGAGGAAGAACCCCAUAUACGUUCUACGAUGGACCUCCCUUUGCGACAGGACUUCCACACUACGGCCAUCUACUGGCUUCUACCAUAAAGGACAUCAUUCCAAGAUAUUGGUCUAUGAAGGGACGUUACGUCGAGCGAAGGUUUGGCUGGGAUACUCAUGGCGUUCCAAUCGAAUAUGAAAUCGACAAAGCCCUCGGCAUGUCUGGAUCCGAAGCGGUGGAGAAACUAGGUCUAGAAAAAUACAAUGCAGAGUGCAGAGCGAUUGUCAUGAGGUUUGCUGCGGAAUGGAGGCAGACCAUUGACAGGCUUGGACGCUGGAUCGAUUUUGACAAUGAUUACAAGACUAUGGAUACUUCAUAUAUGGAGAGCCUUUGGUGGAUAGUGAAGCAGCUAUUUGAUAAGGGGGUGAUCUAUCGUGGUUACAGAGUCAUGCCUUACUCAACGGCACUUAACACCCCGUUGAGUAACUUUGAGGCACAGCAAAACUAUAAAGACGUCCAAGACCCUGCAAUCGUGGUUUCCUUCCCGCUCCUUGAUGAUCCUCAGACAAAUCUCCUCGCCUGGACAACUACUCCGUGGACUUUGCCGUCGCAUACAUCGCUUGCUGCACACCCCGAUUUCGAAUAUGUUAAGAUCCAUGAUGCCGCAUCAGGAAAUAAUUAUAUCCUUAUCGAGUCCUUACUCCGGACACUAUAUAAGGACCCCAAAAAAGCGAAAUACAAAGUUCUUGAGCGCUUCAAGGGAUCAACCAUGAAAGGAUGGAGAUACCAACCUCUCUUUGACUACUUUUAUGAGGGGUUUAAGGAUGUAGGGUUUCGAGUGGUCACUGCGACAUAUGUCACAGCAGAGGAUGGUGUUGGUUUAGUUCAUCAGGCUCCCGCCUUUGGUGAAGAAGAUUACAAUGUGGCUGUCGAGAAUGGCGUCAUUAGUGAUACACGGCUGCCGCCAAACCCAGUUGACGAGAGGGGUUGUUUUACAUCUGAGGUUCGAGAUUUUGCUGGUCAACAUGUCAAAGUGGCGGACAAAGCUAUUAUAAAACACUUGAAGGCAGCUGGACGGCUGGUCGUUGAUGCCCAGAUCACGCAUAGCUAUCCAUUCUGCUGGAGAUCCGACACCCCACUCAUCUAUAGAGCUGUGCCCUCGUGGUUCGUCAAAAUCGGUCCCAUCAUUCCCCAAAUGCUUCAAGGAAUUGCGGAUUCCUAUUGGGUCCCUUCCUUUGUCAAAGAUAAACGAUUUGCGAGCUGGAUUGCGAACGCAAGGGAUUGGAACAUAUCCAGAAAUCGAUACUGGGGAACCCCGAUCCCGCUGUGGGCUAGCGAAGACUUCAAAGAAAUCAUAGCCAUUGGGAGCGUUGAGGAGCUGAAGCAGCUGAGUGGAUACACCGGUGAACUUACGGACCUACAUCGUGAUAAGAUUGACCAUAUCACUAUCCCAAGCAAGCAAGGGAAGGGUGUAUUACGAAGAGUUGAAGAGGUUCUGGAUUGUUGGUUCGAAUCAGGAAGCAUGCCGUAUGCUUCCCAGCAUUACCCUUUUGAGAACAAAGAGCAGUUCGAAAAAUCGUUCCCAGGUGAUUUCAUCGCAGAAGGUCUUGACCAGACUCGUGGAUGGUUUUAUACACUCGCUGUCAUCGGCACGCACCUGUACGGAAAGCUGCCAUUCAAGAACUGUGUUGUGAAUGGAAUUGUUCUUGCUGAGGACGGCAAGAAGAUGUCCAAGCGAUUGAAAAACUACCCAGAUCCAACUCUCAUUAUGGAUCGCUAUGGGUCUGACCCCCUUCGGCUGUACCUCAUUAACUCCCCGGUAGUUCGCGCAGAGCCACUUAGAUUCAAGGAAUCAGGUGUUAAGGAAAUUGUCGCUAAAGUUCUACUUCCCUUGUGGAAUAGCUAUAAGUUCUUCGAAGCUCAGGUUGCGCUGCUGAAGAAGGUGGAGGAGGUGGAGUAUGUGUUCGACCCGGCGGCUGAAGCGACUAACACUAAUGUUAUGGAUCGCUGGAUUUUGGCCAGCUGCCAGAGUCUACUCCAAUUUGUCAAUCAGGAGAUGGCUGGGUACCGGCUUUACACUGUUGUUCCGAGACUUCUGGGACUGAUUGAUAACACCACCAACUGGUACAUUCGGUUCAACCGUAAGAGACUGAAGGGAGAACUUGGAUUGGACGACACUUUACAUGCCCUGAAUACACUUUUCGAGGUCCUUUACACCUUAGUGCGCGGCCUCGCACCUUUUACGCCUUUCAUUACCGAUAAUAUCUACCUUCGACUGCUCCCGCAUAUACCCAAAUCCCUUCAAGCCGAAGAUAAUCGCAGUGUCCAUUUCCUCCCCUUCCCAGAAGUUCGUGAAGAGCUCUUCGAUGACGUCAUUGAGAGGCAAGUCGGAAGGAUGCAGAAGGUGAUUGAGCUUGGUCGUAUUGCACGUGAACGCAGAAGCAUUGGCCUCAAGUCGCCCCUGAAGACGCUCGUCGUGAUCCACCAGGACCAGCAAUACCUCGAUGAUGUGCGAUCCCUUGAGAGUUACAUUUUGGAAGAGCUCAAUAUCCGGGAUCUGAUCCUCUCGUCCGAUGAGGAUAAGUACAAUGUCCAGUACAGUGUCACGGCAGAUUGGCCAACCCUGGGCAAGAAACUGAAGAAAGAUGCACAAAAGGUCAAGAAAGCGCUACCAUCUCUUUCAAGCAACGAUGUUAAGAGAUUUGUCACUGACAAGAAAAUCGUGGUGGACGGCAUUGAGCUUGUUGAAGGAGAUCUGGUGAUCAAACGCGGCUUGAAGGACGACGCAUCUUCCAAGGACUUCGAAACGAAUACCGAUGAUGAUGUACUUAUCAUCUUGGACGCAGUUUUGUACCCUGAGCUAGCUGAGGAAGGGUUAGCAAGGGAAAUCGUGAACCGUGUCCAACGGCUGCGGAAGAAGGCGGGAUUGGUUCCAACUGAUGACGUGGGAAUGGAGUAUCGGGUCAUCUCUGACCCUGAUAAUAUUGGCAUUGAGCACGUUUUCCAGACGCAAUCAAAGGCGAUUGAAAAAGCUUUGCGUAGACCGAUUGACCAACAUAUAGUCACGGAGGUAGAAGGGAAGGCGCCCGAAGGCGAGGAAGAGGGUAUCAUUUUAGAAGAGGAGCAGGAAGUGCACAAGGCGACUUUCUUGCUUCGACUGGUGAAGCUAUAGUUAGAAUUGUUUCCCCAAAGAAGACCAAGACAAUAUAGCUAAAAAGACGAGGGGUUUUCAUGAUAGAAACUCGGUCCUGCGGUUGGUCGUUUUUAGGGAUGUUGAAAGGGUAGUUGGUUUCUUUAGAUAUUAUGAAUCGGAUGAAAUUUUACUUUUCUUCUAUAUAUAAUUGAUUUCAAUAUUGUAUAGUACAUGUAAACCGGGAGAUCAUAUGAUGCACAUAUCUUGCGAGUUCUUUU